GGGCACUCUAGCCUGCGCAGAUUGAGACGUCGCGGCGGCCUUGCUAGGCUACUGGAGGCUCCAGAGGUCGCCUCGCUGGUCACGCGGUCGCCCAUGGAGAACCUGCACAAGUUGCUGCUCGCGGGCGCAGUGCUGGGCGCCGGGGCUGGCGUGGGCACCGCGCUCUUUGCCCUUGUGACCCCGGGAGAGGAGCGGAAGCAGGCGAUGCUGAAGGAGAUGCCGGAGCAGGACCCGCAGCGCAGGGACGAGGCGGCCAGGACCAAACAGUUACUGCUGGCCACUCUGCAGGAAGCAGCGGCCACGCAAGAGAACGUCGCCUGGAGAAAGAACUGGAUGAAUGGCGGCGGCGGGAGGUCAGCCUGAGACAGAACCUGCCCGCCUGGGCGCCGGGAUUUAUGCUGCAGCGCAGGCGCCCAAGCCAGCCUGACUCCUCCGUGGGCCGGCGGGGAGUCCGACCCGGAUCCCAAGCGCAGGCCUCUCCGGGACUUGGGGCGCUUCCGCCGGGUGAGCGCGCUCUCUCCUAAAGCUUGCACGGACUACGUUUUAACGUCCACACCGCGGGCUGUGGCUAACUGAAGGAAUCAAUAAACCAUGUUCCUCCAUCCAGAGAGUGAGCCCUGCGGUUGGACGCCCAUAAAAGCCAAGUGUUCUGCGGGUCGGUGCUGCGGCCUGGCUGGAGUGCGGCUGCCGCCUGCCACGCCCGCCCCAUGUGAGGCUGAAGCCCAAUCGACAUUUUCAAAACACAGGUCAGGUCCUGUGGUUUGUGGGAGUGGAUAACCAAGUGACGUUCUUGAAAUUAUAACUAGCCUGGAAACUCUUGUGCAAUAAACACCCAUAGAGGACA